UGGAGUAGCUGAAGACAAAACCCUGUGGGAAUACAUUCAGACUCGUGUGGCUGAAAUCGUCGCCAAGCACGGGGACAAAACAAUGAUGAUUGACGGGGCAACUCACGAGAAAAUGAGCUUCACAGAAUUCUUAAUCCGGACAAAGAAGACUGCACAAGUUUUGAAAGAAAAAUACGGUGUGACGAAGGGAUCCACUGUCAUUGUGUGCUCCAAAAAUUCGUUGAAUUUCUUCGUGCCAAUCCAAGCAGCAGUUGCUCUAGGUGCUCUUGUCUUUGCCAUUCCUGCCUACUCGUCC